UUUAUUAACACUUACUGUACGCACUUCUCUGAAAUCCGGUUUAUACCUUUGUAGACGUGAUUUCCUCAAGUUAAAUAUUUUAAAUAUGUUUUUGUCUUUAUUUUAAUUAAGCAGAUAUCUAAAUCAGUUUUUUAAAAACAAAUACAAUUCUAUAAAUAUGAUUCUCUGUUCGAUCAAAACGUCUUUCAUUGCUUCCGUAUUUAUGCUUCUUAUGUUGACUGGAAAGAAUACCUCACAUGCAAUUAGUCCUCCGUUCGAUUUGACCAUGAGCUGCCACAACUUCACAGUCACCGCACACUGGAAAUACAUGGAGCCGUCCCCAGGGACUCAAUUCAAAGUGAAAAUUAACAGGGAACUAGAGAAUGGUGACCCUAACAUAAUUAACACAACGCGCCAUCACUGUGACGUCUCCUCCUUGAUCACCUCGGUGGAGAAUAGCUACUACCUGGAAGUAAAAGCCACAAAUGGAACUGAGGAAUCUGCUGCUGAGUCAUCUGAGACAUUUAGCUUCGAUAAGUAUAUGCCAUCAGAGGUGAAGUGUGUGUUGGAUUUCCCUGCUGUCAAGCUCUCCGUUAAGGGUGGGAAGAUCAUGGUGCAUUUUGUGCAUCCGCUUCAGCUUUACAAAACAGCAUCUGUCCUGCAGCAUCUGGAGAAAACAGCACCUGCAGAAUACAACAAGCAUAAAGAGUUUGUGUAUUACGUUGUUAUAAACGACAAGAGUACAUUUCAAUUUAAUUGCAUGGUGACAGAGAACAAAUGCCAUGCAAUCAUUCCAAUAACAGAGAAGAAAGAGAUGUACUGUGUCACCCUGAAUGGACUGCUGAAGAAUACUGUCGUCAGAAGUUCAGAGUCAAUAUGUAGCCACGAGGAACCCGAUUCUAGCUAUUACAGGUGGCAUCUCCUGUUGUUUUUGGUUCCUUUGGUUCUUGCUGUGGUCAUCAUGACUGGGAUAAAAAUGUUCAAAAAAGUGAACAAAACUACAUCAAAUCUGAAAUUUGAAGAGCUGAAAAUUUUUGCCUUUGUGCUGUCUAACCAAAGGCCUGAGUGCAACAUCAUACAACUGGAGAGUGUGUCAGUGCAGAAAGUGCAGUCUGUAGAGCCCCGCAUCAGCGCCCCAGAGGGGACACACAGUGGCCAACUGCAGACCACUGUCCCGCCCCGGAAUGGCCGCUUCAAAAUCGGCCCAGGGCGGAUGACCGGGAGCGCAGAAUCAGCGGAUGUGCACAGCCUUCUUGAAGACUGUAACCGGCUGAGUGAAUCAAGUAACUGCCAGUCAGAAAUGGACGCGUGUGGGUAUGACAGGCCGCACCGGCUUGAUGUUGAAAUGAGCCCGGGGGACAAGGUCACUGGUUAUGGCUGCUUUGAAAUGUGAAGAUGUCGCUUUCUGAGCAUCUCCUAGGCUGGAAUCAGUGAUGUUCAGCCUUCUGAAGUUGCUCACUUUGCCCGAUGCCUUUAGUGUAAGUUUAAUCCUUAACUAUGCACUUAGCUAUGUCGAAAAUGUGAAUGACCUCAGAUCUAUGUAAUUUGACAGGUCUGAAGUUCAUACUGAUAUACAGUACUGUAUGCCACUAAGCACCUGUCAUUUUAGUAGUGAGAUUACGUGGUAUCCAUGGCAAUUCUGGGAUGUGAACCUUUGGGGGGAGGGGGGUUAUUGGGGACUCAGUCUCAUGAAGAAAUAUAGUUAUGUUAUUAUAUUUUAAGAAGUGAACACCCUUUCUAAGCUUGAUUAUUUAAGCUGAUUAUUAUACCUAAAUUUUCAAUGCAAACCGAUAAAAUAGCCAGUUCUCUGUUCACUGUGCAUGUAAUACGGUUUACAUUUGAUGAGCGUACAUCAUCUGGUGAUGAAUAAAAUGCUGUCUGACCUCUUGGUGCAAUUUCCGUUAAGGUGAAAACACUUAAAAAGUACUCUUCCACUGACAUUAUCAAUGUUUAUACAUGUAUUCUUAUAUAUUAUGUUUCUCUUCAUUCAUUUUCUAUUGUAAUUUCCUUAUUUCAGACUUAGAUUAUAAACACUGAAUGUUGAUCUCUAUAUUUAAACCCGGGACAGUUGCAGACAAUGCAGUGAAGCUCCUACAUUUGGAACUGGUAGAAUAACCCACUGGUAAAGGAGAUCUGUCUCUUACUGGAGGAGAGGAUGGAAAGCAGAGCUUCCUGCAUUAUAGCUGGCCAUAGUACAGAACUGUGCAAAAGUCUUAGGCAGACAAAAGAAAUUUUGAGGCAAUUUAUCUGGGUAGUAAGUACACAUUUGCUCAGAACAAAAAAACACAACAUAUGGAAAUUAAGAGUAAAACAAUAAAAACUAGAAUGUCAUGUGUUCUAAGUUACUGAUAUAUAGUUAGAUGGAUAGAUGAACCCAAACCUCUCCUCAGGGGCACCUCAUCCAUUCCAUGUAUUUAUUAAAUUUCACCACCAGCUCAUUUAAUUAACUUAUUUAAUUGAUUAGGAAAAGACAGUGAGAUUUUGAUUAGCUAUGCAAGGUGUGCUAGUGCUUGAGUCAGAAAAACAUAUGGCUGUAUUGGAUGGUGGCUGCAAAUUCUAGGGUGAAGUUUUGAAAUGGCUAAGCUAACACACUUUGACAGGCAUAGAUCACUUUGACAUGAAGAUCACUUAAACAUUGUUUUCUUUGGCUGCCUACAACUUUUGCACAGUACUUUAAGUUAGUGAUCAAGCUGAACUGGCACGUUAUGUGAGUGUGUGUGUGUGUGUGUGUGUCUGUGUCUGUGCUUUCUGGGAUAGUCUCACAGACAAUGUAUUUAAUGUGAGUUAAAAAUUUAAUGAACUCAUGUUAUUUGUUUUAACAGGAAGUUAUCUGGUUGCUUAUAAAUGGUUUGUUUUGUACUUGAAUUUCUGCUGUUUAUUUGAAUUUGGGAAAUUGACAUAAUCACAUCAGUCAGUAAAGUAUUGUUUAACUAAAACUACUGGUGUGUGUUUAAUUUUUGACCAUAUAAAAUGAUAUUGCCUGAUAUCAGGUUUGCAAAUUUUUAUCUCUGUAUUGGCAUUGAAGACUUAAUUCUCAUUCUCAUUAUUGCCUUCCUAAGGAUCUCCAUCCCAUCCACUUUGUUGUUGUUACUGCUGUUUAUGUGUCAUUUUUAUAAUGUAAUUUUAGUGAUUUAUUUUAUCAGUUACUACAUUAUUUUAUGUUAGUACAUCUCUGUAAAGCUGACCUGUAUGUAGCGCAGCCUUAAAAAUCUUUUGCUUAUUGAAUCAGUUUCACUGUAUGCAUUCACAGAAUGCAUUGUCAAAUAGGAUGGUCUGGUCAAAAGGAUAAGGGCUGUUCUCACCCUUACCCUUGAGUCACAAAGCACCGCUCCAAUCACCGAGCUGGAAAAUACCCACUCUGCGCAGUGAAUCUUGGGAUAUGUUGGGCUAUGAAGGAUCCAUUAGGUGGAUCCUUAGUGACUCAGCAAAAGAGGGAUGCAUUUCUAGACAGCAUUUGAAGGAGCCUUUGAAAUGGGACAACCUUGUCACACUGCUGACGCAUUUGGCCUCGAUGGAUGCAGCCCCUGAAUUUCAACACAGCCUGAGUCUUUUCUGUUUGAACAUGAACUACUGGGGAGGUGCUUACAGCAAUAGUUUGUUGGUUGGAUGUCCAUAAGCACCAGUGUUAACUGGGAAGUUAAGCAGAAGUGCAGGAAAAGAGAUUGAAGCAGCGGAGCAAAAAUUGACCAGAUGUAAUUAUUUUUCAAUUGAUCUCCCCCAAUAACUAACAAAAUUUAUUUAUUUAUAUUUAUAGUGUUUUGGCGUGGCGGUCUAGUUUCGUAUGAAAACAUGUGAAGUUAAACCUAUGAGGUUUCUGCUUUUCCCGUACUUAUUUAGCAUAAAGGUCCCAGUUCCUGUGGUGUGAUGUGAAAUCGACACACAAAAGUAGUGAAGAGCUACGAAAGUUCCAGGCUGAGACAGACCCAGACCUUGUAAAACGGGACCAGAUUCCAGAACUUCAGUGUGAAAAAACCUAUUGAUACCAAGUAGGAAUUUCUGGUAGCACAGCAGCAGAUGAAACAGACAAUGUGUGCCCUGUCAUAGAACAGUAUCCCAUUUCAGGAGUAAUGCAGACUUGUGGCCUGUGCUGCCUGGGACAGUCUCAUUCUUUCCAAAACUGCAACUGGAACAAGCAGAGGGAAGCUCAGUACUGGGUGAUGGGCGGGAGGAUGGAUAUUGCAAUGCAUUCAGAAUGCCCCCUUCCACAGUUCACAUCCCCUUGAAGGUUUGCCUUCUGCUUGCCUUCUCACACUACCUCUCACACCCCUAGCUCUAUGCAUGUGGCCACAGAAAUACAUGGAAGUCUGCAAUGUUAUGAAUUCUUACUCUAUGUGCAGUGGGACGAAUUUUGUCAUCAGCGGUGUCUGCCAGUCUGUUCACGUGCCGCCCAGAUUUUGGGUCUAACAGAUUUCUUGCAUGGCGGUUCGCGCAAGAAAAUUGACUGGGUGUUUCCAGUAGGCGGCAGAAGAAGCAUUUCCUGCGCGUGUGUGAUGAUGCCUGAGUGGCGCAAAGUGGAACCUGGUAGAGGAAGAGGAAAAAGGAAGCUGAGCAUAUAUAAGUCUGCAUCUCAUCACUCUGUGCUCUUGCAUUGUCAUUCACAAGAUUGUUCUUCAUUAAAUGUUCUUAGAAUUAUUACAAUCGGACUAUUUAUUUUUUCUUUCUCAAGAAAAGGAGACCAUUGAACCCUAAUUUGCCAUUUCCCAGAGAUCAACAACAAAAAAAGUAGCAUUUGUCUGAGUGAAAAUAAUCCAUUAAUACGGUCAUCAGAAUUCCAGAAGAGUCCAUCAAGGAAGUCAUAAGGAUUCCAUAAGAGUUCAUAAGGGAGUGUCAUCAGCAAAGGAUUCGUGUAAGAUUCCAGAAUGAAUGGAUCCAGCUCAUUGAACUUUACUACUGAUUAUGUGGACAUCUUUGAAGAAACAGUUGCAUGGAUCAUAUUAUUAAUUGGCCUUCCUGCAAUCAGCCUGGCCUGUUAUGCACUGUACCGCUUGAUCAAGGCUGAUCAUGUCGCCCCCCUAUAUGUCAUCAACCUCCUCCUUUCAGAUCUGGUGCAAAUCAUCUGCAGAAUAUACUUUGUUUCUCAGAAGCAUUUUGGAUUCCUCUCUCCAGAACUUAUCAAAGCUCGAUUGAUUUUUCUGGUCAUUGUCCGUUUUGGCUUAGUUGCUAGUCUUGGCUUCAUGGUGUGCAUCUCCCUGGAGAGGUACCUGGUGGUUGCUCAUCCACUUUGGUAUCGGUACCGUCGCAACCUGAAGUACACAGUGUUAACGUGUAUUUUCAUAUGGUUGUUUUCUGUGAUAUAUGCAGUGAUUGAUUAUAACAUAGAAGUCUACAGAACCUUCUUAAGUGUUCUAGCAACCCUAUUCCUGCUGCCAUUUCCAUUUCUUCUCUUCUUCUAUGUGAGCUCAAGGAGAGCCUUGAAAAGCACUAUUUCAGUUUCUGUUGCAGAAAAGAAUCGGAUCCUUGGUGCUUUAGCCCUGGUCUUCGGCAUCUAUGUUGUGCUAUAUCUGCCCUUUACGUUCAUGGCAUUUUUUCUGGUAAUAUCUAACAUACGCACUUACACAGUGUAUUGCUUUAUGGCUGUUGCACGCUCCAUGGUGCGUCUCAGUCCCCUUGUGGACCCCUUCCUGUACAUUUUCAUGAGAAAGGGAGCCAGAGACACACUGGAGGCCUUCCCCUGCUUCAGGAGGGUAUUUGGAUGGAGCACAACUAGAUCUGAUGCAGAAACUCCAAGUACACUUUCAACUGGGACUGACAUCCGAAUGAGAAUCUAGCAAAUACAGGAACUGUUGACCUUCCUCUUUAAUCCUCUUCAUUGUUGUAACCUAGUAUGAAACAAACAAAAAACUACCAUUUUGAGAUCCCUUCUAUUUUAAUUGUACUCCAAAGUCUUUGUCUUUAAAGUUUAGUUUUUUGUUCAUUUGUUUAUUAAGUUUUUUCUUUUAAAAACAUUCUGCUUGACAUGUGUAGCUU